GUGGGCGGGGCGAGUGGUGUCAGCGGCGGAGCCGGAUGCGGGCGUCGCCGGGGCCGCAGCGGCCCUGGGGAUGGGCGGAGCCCCAGCCGCCAGUGCUGGUGGCCGCCGCCGCUGCCGGAGCCCGAGCGGCCGCCUCUGCUCCCGCGCGUCGCUGCUUCCUAGGGCGGCGGUAUGCUGGGGAAAGGGGUAGUCGGCGGUGGCGGCGGCACCAAGGCGCCCAAGCCCUCCUUCGUGUCGUACGUGCGCCCAGAGCAUCUUGGUGCCAAAUGCGAUUGAGAGAAAUUGUGUUUUGGAACCUUUAGGGAUGUUGGCUCUUGGAAUUUGCCCUUCUGGCUGGAUGAAAUUAAGCUGAGAAUAACAACUUCAGUUUUUAACUCCAGGCCCUCGCAAACAGUGAAGGGUUGAUGUGAAGCAUUUUGGUAUAUAUAAGCAUUCCGGCCUGAUGAGCUUGGUUGUGGGAUCGCCCUCCACACACCCCUGUUCUUUUCAAGAUCAGCGAUCUUCUGGCAGGACCCAUUUUCUGCCUUUCCUGAGGUGCCCUGGGUCGAUCCCACAUUUGAGAAGAUGGGCACCUUAAAUAUGAACUUGGAAAUUCACACAAACGAGAAGGAAGUAACAGAGAAGGAAGUCACUCUUCACUUGUUGCCAGGUGAACAGCUGCUUUGUGAAGCCAGCACGGUGCUGAAGUAUGUCCAGGAAGAUUCCUGUCAGCGUGGGAUCUAUGGGAAACUUGUCUGCACGGACUUCAAGAUUGCUUUCUUGGGCGAUGAUGACUCUGCAUUGGAUAAUGAUGAAACCCAAUUUAAGAAUAAGGUUAUAGGAGAAAAUGACAUAACACUCCACUGUGUUGAUCAGAUUUAUGGAGUGUUUGAUGAGAAAAAAAAAACUCUCUUUGGACAACUGAAGAAAUACCCCGAGAAACUCAUCAUCCACUGCAAAGACCUCCGAGUAUUCCACUUCUGUCUGAGGUACACAAAAGAAGAGGAAGUCAAAAGGAUUGUCAGUGGCAUAAUCCAUCACACCCAGGCUCCCAAACUGCUUAAGCGAUUGUUUCUGUUUUCCUAUGCUGCUGCUGCACAAAACCAUGCAGCCACUGAUCCCAGGAACCAUACGGUGAUGUUUGACACACUUAAGGACUGGUGUUGGGAAUUGGAGCGGACCAAAGGCAGUGUCAAGUACAAAGCAGUGAGUGUCAAUGAAGGCUAUAAAGUCUGUGAAAGAUUGCCAGCAUACUUUGUUGUCCCCACCCCUCUUCCCGAAGAGGAUUUGUCACGCUUUCAGGGUCACGGCAUACCAUUAUGGUGUUGGUCCUGCCACAAUGGAUGUGCCCUUUUGAAAAUGUCAGCACUGCCCAAAAAAGAACAGGAUGAUGGCCUUUCACAAAUGCAAAAGAGCUUCUUGGAUGGAAUCUAUAAGACCAUCCACAGGCCACCCUAUGAAAUUGUUAAAACUGAAGACCUGUCAAGCAACUUCCUGUCCCUGCAGGACAUCCAGACUGCCUACUCUAAAUUCAAACAGCUGUUUCUGAUAGAUAAUAGUACCGAAUUUUGGGACACAGAUAUAAAAUGGUUUUCUCUGUUGGAAAGUAGCAGCUGGCUUGACAUAAUCAGACGUUGCCUGAAAAAAGCAAUAGAGAUCACAGAAUGUCUAGAAGCACAAAACAUGAACGUUCUUCUUUUAGAGGAGAAUGCUUCCGACCUCUGCUGCCUCGUUUCCUCUCUGGUGCAAGUGAUGAUGGACCCCCACUGUAGAACCAGGAUUGGUUUCCAGAGCCUUGUCCAAAAGGAGUGGAUCAUGGGCGGGCACUCUUUCCUGGAUCGCUGCAACCAUCUACGUCAGAGUGACAAAGAGGAGGUUCCUGUGUUCCUGCUUUUCUUAGAUUGUGUCUGGCAGCUGGUGCACCAGCACCCCCCAGCAUUUGAUUUCACAGAGACUUACCUGACUGUGUUGUCAGAUAGCCUGUACAUACCUAUUUUUAGCACCUUCUUCUUCAAUUCGCCUCAUCAGAAAGAUAACGUGGGCAGGGAAAGCCAGGAUACACAAAGCAAGCCUUUGAAUCUGCUCACCGUGUGGGAUUGGUCUGUACAGUUUGAACCCAAAGCCCAGAUGUUGCUCAAAAACCCUCUUUAUGUGGAAAAGCCAAAACUGGACAAAGGCCAGCGGAAAGGAAUGCGUUUCAAAGGACCUCAGGGCCGGGGUGGACGUUUCUCCUCCUGGUUUAGUCUCUUUCCUGCCAGCUGGACCAGAACUGCCCUGAGCUCCGGAACAGCUUGGCCAGAGCAUCAACGACAACUUUCUUUGCCACUCACCCAAUCUAAAUCAUCUCCCAAAAGAGGAUUUUUCAGGGAAGAAACCGAUCAUUUAAUUAAAAACCUUCUGGGCAAGAGAAUUAGCAAAUUAAUUAACUCUUCCGAUGAGCUACACGACAACUUUCGAGAGUUCUAUGACAGCUGGCACAGCAAACCCACUGACUACCACGGUCUGUUGUUGCCGCACAUUGAGGGGCCAGAAAUCAAAGUGUGGGCUCAGCGCUACUUGCGUUGGAUUCCAGAAGCCCAAAUCCUGGGCGGUGGCAGAGCGGCCACCGUGAGCAAACUCUUGGAAAUGAUGGAGGAAGUAGAGCGCUUACAAGAGAAAAUCGACGCGAGACCCCAUGGCCAGGGGGCGCUCCUGGCAGAGGCCCCCUUGUUGCUGAGGGGCUCUGCCCGCCUGUCAGCCCUGUUUCCUUUCGCUCUGCUGCAGCGACAUCCCUCUAAGCCGGUCUUGCCCACCAGCGGCUGGAAAGCUCUGGGUGAUGAAGAAGAUCUGGCCAAACGAGAAGACGAGUUUGUGGACCUCGGGGAUGUGUGACUCAUCCACUCAGUGAUGUGAAAGAGGAACGUUGAAGGUUGAGGCAGGAGUCCACCAUGUUUGAUCUCCGGAUUAGCGGCUCAUGCUUUACUGCUGUGGGGGUGGGGGGAGUGGGAGGCCUCAGGCAUUAGUCCAGGGCUCUGUAGGAGGAAGCCGGGAUCUUCAGGAAAAGAGCUGGUUCUCGUGGGUUUUUUUCUUUCUCCUGAAGACUAUGCAAUUAAAAUCAUAUCUCUAGUAUUAUUAAUUGGAAGAAGUUACUACUUGACCUAUAAAAGAACUGUGGCCAUUGUGCAUAAGUAUUAUAUAGAACCUGCAGUGGCUGGUUUACUACUAGAAAGGGCUUUGGUCAGACACUCCUGGACUCAAUGCUUUCUUCAGAUCUUUUUUGUGCCAAGAUAAUUUAUCCAGUCAUUGGGAAUUUAUCCAGUCUACCCAUCUUAGCUUGGAGAAAGUGCAGCUUUAUGUGAUGUGUGUAUGGCAAAUCGAAAGACUCACUUAGAGGUAUUAAGAUUAUGGCAUUCCUUUAAGCCAUAGUAUUUUUCCUUUCUGUGUCCUCUUGCCUGAGAAAAGCUGGGGAAAUUCCACCCAUAGCACCCAUCCUGACAUUUCCAACCAUCCCCCGUCCUGCAUAGACUGUGUCACUUUGUGUGGGGUUGGUGGGCUAGCCAAGCAGCCACACCGCCCUUUUGUGUGCUGACAGCUCUGGGUCUCUCUCUGCCCACUGGGCACCCCUCACUGCCGUCCCUCCAUGCUCCCCGCCACGGGGCAUGUAGUCCAGAAUCUUGCUGCUGAAUCUGUUGGUUAAACUGGGGGAAUCCCUUUGGUUUGCCUGAAGGAGCUUCCAUGCUUCUGGAGCCUCUCCGUGUUUGAAAGUAAUGGCUUUGCCUUUUUCUGACAGUGUGCUGAGGCUUGGGAACGCUUGUGACCUCUGCAGCAGCCCUCCCAGACAUGAGCAGGAUCAUUUUUGAACGUGGCUUUCAUAGGGAAGCAACUGAGCAUAAAUAUGAGAAGAGAUGGUUAUCAUAUAGUACCUCAAUGAUUUAAAAAGCCAUAGAAGAAACUUGACUAUGCCUGGUGACCUUCUUGAAUCUGCUGUCUAAAUGGUAUAUAUUUUGUAAUGCAGGAAAGUACACUUUGUAAGGACCAGUUUUUUCAUUCUCAGUAGAACCCUGUUAAAUCCCACAAAAGGAAGGUGGGGGAGGAGGAAGCUAAUGUUAGAAUGUUUCAAAUAGAAUGUUUGCCUUUGAUAUACAUUUGCUAUCCAGGAUAGAUCCCAAUUUGAAUGUUACAUGUUUAGAAAAACUUCAGUUCUUUAAGGGCAAUAAGAAAUUUUGAAACUGUUGAUAAAGAAGUUUCUCAGUUUGCACUGAAUAUUGUCUUUCUGUUUGUACAAGAAAUUGCUUUGCUCUUCUCCCCUCUUCAUGUUGGCACAUGAGCCAUGUUGGUCUGUUAAAAUGACAGAGGUUGAGGAGAGGGCAGGAUUCGUGCAUUGGGGUCCAAACACAUGUCCGGUCUUGGUUGCCUUAAGUCUCACUAGUGAGUUCAGUGUUAGGCUUGCAGUAGGGAUUUUGCAAAUACACUAGUCUAUGAGCUACCUUAACAUACGUUCUGUGGGCCUUCUUAAACUAGCACUAACCUCCACUUCUCUGCCCCGUUGCCUCCCAGAUACACUAUGGAGCUAUUUUUGUUACCAUAUUAUAACACGAAUAUUUAUACAGUAGCCUCUUCAAUCUUAGAAUCUUAGUAAUUUUCAUUCCAAAAAUGCCCGGUGUGAUGCUUUACACUCCACAAAGUAUGGUUUAAAGGCACAAGGUCAUGGCCCUUGUCAUAGCAGUUGAAUGUGCAUUGAAGUAUUUUUCUAUGAUUUUUUUAAAAAUUACAAUAGAAAAAUAAGCUGUUGUAACGUGAGGUCAUGACAAUUUAUGUAUUUAUAUUUGAAAUCAGAUUUCUAUAAACUUGUAUUUGUGUACAGAAUUCUUAGUGGGUUUAUAUAUUGUGACAUUUUUAUUCAAGAUUGAGAUAUGGGUUAUGCUUAACAGUAAAAACUGAAAUGAGACCAUUUACUUUGUUUAAAAUGCUGCACUGUGCAAGUUUGGAAAUGUACAUUAAUUUACUGUAUAUAAUAUCCUGAGUUUGUUUAUACCUCCAAGUUUUUACACUGAAGAUAAAUUAGCUUUAAUUACAUUAAAAACUUUUUUUUUAAGGGAAUAAGCUGUUGGGCUAUAUCUGUAUAAAUGUGCUUUUUAUUUUCUGGAUGUAUGAAAGUUUAUACUUGUAUCUCACUGCAUCAUACCUGAUUGCAGAAAUUAAAGCACAAUUUACAAGCA